AUGAAGGGCCGCACUAAGCUCCCUUCUCUCUGCCCGUGUGUGAAGUACAGGUACCAGGAUGAGGAGACACCCCCCUUGGAGCACAGUCCAGCUCAUCUGGCUCCAGGGAAAAGUGCAGAGAUGCUUCAUAUGAGUGACAAGAACCUCGCUGCCAUGGAGGCCAUUCAUGGCUACACGCCGCACACGCAUAUCUCUCCUAUCAAGCCUGUGUUGAUGUCUACAGGACACACUCCAAUGUACACCUCGGCAGUUUCCACUCUGGGAAAUACUCCUCCUGUGGUGGUGAACACUGACACACUCGACGGCUCGCCAUACGUCAAUGGGACAGAAGGAGAAAUCGAGUACGAGGAAAUCACACUGGAGAGAGGCAACUCGGGCCUGGGCUUCAGCAUAGCCGGGGGGACAGACAACCCCCACGUGGGCGACGACCCCAGCAUCUUCAUCACCAAAAUCAUCCCGGGAGGAGCCGCGGCUCAGGACGGACGGCUGAGCGUGAACGACUGCAUCCUGUUUGUGAAUGAUGUGGAUGUGAGGGAGGUGACGCACAGCCAGGCCGUGGAGGCCCUGAAGGAGGCAGGUGCUAUUGUCCGCCUCUACGUUCUCCGCAGAAAACCAGCAGCAGAAAAAGUCACUGAAAUCAAACUCAUCAAAGGGCCUAAAGGAUUAGGGUUCAGCAUUGCUGGAGGGGUGGGAAACCAGCACAUACCAGGAGAUAACAGCAUCUACGUCACCAAGAUCAUCGAAGGCGGGGCGGCUCAUAAAGACGGGCGUCUGCAGAUCGGGGACAAGAUCUUAGCGCAUAUUCCCAUAUGGAUACCGAGCUCAGCCAUCCCAACUAUCUAGGCUCCGAUUACCCACAAGCCCUCACUCCGACCUCACCGAGUCGGUUUUCUCCUGUUCUGCACGGCUUGAUGGGCGACGAUGACGUCCCGAGGGAGCCUCGGCGCAUCUUGAUCCACCGAGGCUCGACGGGUCUGGGAUUCAACAUCGUCGGAGGAGAAGACGGAGAGGGGAUCUUUAUCUCCUUCAUCCUGGCAGGAGGGCCGGCUGAUCUCAGCGGAGAGCUUCACAAGGGCGACCAGAUCCUCAGCGUUAAUGGCGUGGAUCUGCGUAUGGCCACGCAUGAACAGGCCGCUGCAGCGCUGAAGAACGCGGGUCAGACUGUAACCAUCAUCGCUCAGUACAGACCUGAAGAGUACAGCCGUUUUGAGGCUAAGAUUCAUGAUUUGAGGGAGCAGCUGAUGAACAGCAGCAUGGGCUCCGGGACAACAACGUUAAGGAGUAACCCAAAGAGAGGUUUCUACAUCAGGGCUCUUUUUGACUACGACAAGACUGCAGACUGUGGCUUCCUGAGCCAAGCUCUGGGCUUCAGGUUCGGGGACGUGCUGCACGUGUUGGACUGCGGAGACGAGGAGUGGUGGCAGGCCCGUAAGGUCAGCCCGCAGAACGAGGCCGAGGAGGUCGGCUUCAUCCCGAGCAAGCAGAGGGUGGAGAGAAAAGAGUGGUCUCGCGUUAACACCAAAGAGAGGGACCACGGUCGAGACAACAUGAGCACUCAGGGGAGAGAUAAAACCCCACACAGUUAUGAGACAGUUACUCAAGUGGAAGUCCAUUACGCGAGGCCCAUCAUCAUUCUGGGUCCGGUGAAGGACAGGAUAAAUGAUGACCUGUUGUCUGAGUUCCCUGAUAAGUUUGGAUCUUGUGUCCCUCACACCACGCGACCCAAGAGGGAGUACGAGGUGGACGGGCGAGACUAUCAUUUUGUGUCCUCUCGAGAGCAGAUGGAGAAGGACAUCCAGAGCCACCGCUUCAUCGAGGCGGGACAGUACAACAGUCACUUGUACGGGACGAGCGUCCAAAGUGUCCGUGAGGUGGCUGAGCAACAGGGGAAGCACUGCAUCCUGGACGUCUCUGCUAACGCUGUGCGCCGACUACAGGCAGCUCAGCUUCAUCCCAUCGCCAUUUUUGUCCGGCCCAAGUCCCUGGAGAAUGUUCUAGAAAUCAACACUCGUCUGACGGAGGAGCAAGCCAGGAAAGCGAUGGACCGAGCCCUCAAGCUAGAACUAGACUUCCUAGAGUGUUUCUCGGCUGUCGUGGACGGGGACAGCUUCGAGGAGGUUUAUCACAAAGUAAAGACAGUGAUCGAGGAGCAAUCAGGGCCUUACAUCUGGAUCCCCACUCGGGAGAGGCUGUGAUGCUGCACCCGCCCCGACCGACCCGACCGACCGACCGCCCCUCUCCGACCGAGCCACCGACCGACACCACCCUCACAGCCGAGCCUGCCUGCAAAGUCCUCCGGCAAAGUCAGUGCUUAAAGGCGAUCACUGCAGAUGACACAGAGAGACAAACAGGAAGUGACACAGCGAGGCGAAGGAUACCAAAUAAAAAAACGAGACUUUUUGAUAGCUGUAAACACGGUGAUGUGUAGUUAAGCUGAAAGAGAUUGGGUCAGUAUUCCACUUUAAUGAACGCAGGACUUGAGUUCAAUCAGCAUUAAAAAUGUACUCUGGUUCUGAGCUGUGACUGCACCCUUUAGUGAUAUCAACAGACCUGCACAUGACCGCAUCCAAACACGAACGGAAGCGUUUUUCCUCAAAACGAAUACAUUAAGGAAAGAAACAAGAGUGCAGGCAGAUUUAAGUUAGAUUUAGAGGCCAGGUGAGAGCUGCAGGGGUUUUCAUCUGGAUCUCCAGGCUGGAAGACUGACAGAAAGCACCAGGUCUGAACAAAAGCAGUCCACUCCCCCCGAGAUAGAGGUGCUCAGAAAGACCCUGGGUCCACAUUUUAUUAUUUCAUCUCCUGGCUGUCUAACCUCUUCCCGGCUGUUCUGCUUUGUUUCCAAUCAGGAAUGUGGGAAGACCAAAAGAACAAGAGGGUUUGGACCAGGGAGGCAA